CACCAGUUAGUUGGUGGCUGAUUUCUGGGCGAGUGAGUGUGUAUCGUACACUGUUCUCUGUAGAAUUCAGAGUCACAGUGAAUAUGACAGUUAUCUAAAUCUAAUAGUCAUUAUUUUCAUAACAGUGCAAACUUAAGACUUGAACCGAAGAAAAUUACGCAGAAGGCCAACUGAUAUCGAUUAAGCAUUCCUUGAGAUGAUCCUGCCACCGCUCUCUCUCUUUCUCUCUACGUAUUCAAGAAAUAACGUUUUUAUACCAUAAACUUACUUUACAGACUUAAAGAAAAUAUACUGAGAAGCUCAUUAAGACAGAAAUAAUACUGAAAUUGGUAUCUCUUAUGACACAAAUGAAUUCAGCUUUCUCCAGAACAGAAAAAGGAUUUUUUUAUCAGUAGCUUGACUGCGAGAAUUCAUCAAAGAAUUUCAUUGCAAACGUAUGAAUCAAAAUCAUAUUCAAGUUUCGCUGGAAAGACUUUGAAACUAUUUACAGCUGUAACACCAGAGGGACGUUUGACUUGGGAAGGCUCAGUUUGACGGAAAUGACGUGAGCACUCAUACUACCGCCGCAUGCAAUAAUCAUUCCACGUUUAAGAGCUCAACCAUGAUGACUAGCGAGUAUAUCUCUUUUAAGUCCCUUGAAACGUGAAUAAGUAAUAUGGAGCAUUUUCAGUAGAAUAAUACAAGUCUUUGUGGAUUUUUGAAGAAUUUGGUAAUUUGUCAGCGAUAUUAGUCAUUUUUACACGUUUGUUUCUUUGUGUGUGUUUUUAUCGCUGAAACCUUGUAAUGGCUUUUAUGAUUUCUGUGAACCUCGCUUUUCUGCACACAUUUGUAUGUACAAUAUUAAGCAUGGCGUUAGUCACUGAGGCUCUCACUUGUAAUAUCAAUAAUUGUACUUGUAUUUGGCGAAACGGUAAACAAACAGCAGAAUGCACAAAUGGGGGAUUUACAACUGUCCCACAAGGACUAGACAGUGGUAUUCAGGUUCUUAAUUUGACCAGUAACAAUUUUCGGGGACUCGGACGUGAGGUAUUCGUAAAUGCAGGGCUGGGUAAUUUGCAGAAGAUAUAUCUAACCCAUUGUGGAAUUGAAUGGAUCGAUGAGUUUGCUUUUAAUCGCCUCACCAAUCUAAUUGAAUUGAAUUUGGGUUACAACAAGCUUCAAGACGUUCCCUCGGCAUGCUUUUAUCAUCUACCACGUCUACGAGAGUUGAUACUUAGUGGAAAUCGUCUUUUUACCGUUCACAACCUUGCUUUUCAAUCGGCUAAGUCUUUAACAAAAUUAGAGCUGAGCGGAUGUCGCAUACGUACAAUUGGAAAUCAGGCAUUUGAAGGCUUAAAACAUCUUGAAGUACUGAAAAUAGAUCAAAAUAAUUUGGAGACAUUUCCGGGUAAAGCUACUAAAUCUUUACAUUCACUUUAUGAGAUAACAAUUGGUGGGAAUCCAUGGGUUUGUGACUGUAAUCUGCGCGAAUUCCGUCAAUGGAUGGAUCAAAAUAACUUUCCAGUAUAUGUGCAACCUGUCUGUAAUAACCCUUCUCGAUUAAGAGGUAAAAGCUGGAACCAAAUAAAUCUCGAAGAAUACGCUUGUCCUCCACGAUUUUUAAACACAUCCAACGUUGUCAGUGUUUUUGAGGAUUUUAACGUAACACUGGAGUGUCGAGUGAUUGGCGACCCCAGUCCUGUUAUGAAAUGGGUUUGGAGGGACAGAACAAUUGCCAACUUAUCUGAAGGUAUUUAUGAACGACAGGUGUUUGUUAUUCUAGAAAAUGAAUUUGGAAGAGAGAAAAUUUCAACCUUAGAGAUCACUUAUGUUCAAGAACCAAACGCCGGUUUUUACUCAUGUAUUUCAGAAAACAAUGCAGGAAGAGCUAUCCAAAACUUUUCCCUGACUGUUUCCCGACGACCAGUAACUGAAGAUAAAUCUUCUAGUGAAGAAAAGCCACAAGAAGUGCGAAAAAAUGACAAAAAUGAAGUUGAUAAAGGUAAUGAUGAAACUGUCAUUGGAAUGAUAAUUGGAAUUAUUGUAGGAGCUGUUUUAGUUUUUCUGAUAUUUAGUAUAUUGUUAUGGGUUUUACGAAGAAAGCAAAGGUCUAACCAAAGAAGAAGGUCAGAUUUGAAUCAUAAGGCUAGUAACUCAGUUGGUAAUUCUGUUCCCAAGAAUUCCUGUGAUGAAGUAGAUUUAAAACUUCUAAGCCAAGUAAACCCCAUCGAGAAGCCUCCACGAAUGAAGAAUUACCAAAAUAUGCCAUCUCUUAAUAUUAGUCACUACGAUCCUAUUGUAAGAGAAAGCGAUCAGUCACAUCAUUUGUUUGUGGUUAAUGUUCACUUAUCACCAGACGCUAACGUAGAGUUGUCUUUAACAGAAGAUUCUUCGUGUCAGUCAUCUCCCUUACCAAAAAAACGUCACUCUCGAGGUUUGGUGUCGGUUCCUGUACUUCAACCCACUCAGAACCUUCAAUCACGUUCUCAAACAAAGCCUUCAGAAACUGUACGACGACAGCAUGAUAGAAAGCCAACAGAAAGGGAGCGGGGAGACGGUAGUUCAGAACUUGAAGUCGGAGGUUAUGAGGGAUCCUCCACUCCUUCCUUUGACACAUUCCGUUGGCAAGAACUCCAAAAGAGCCUGACGAGUAAUGUAAGAAAUACCAGUACACCCCAAUUGCGCUCAGAAAAUAAAACGCCGGACUUGCUUGAUCACAGCCGGCGUUCGCAGCCAGAACCCUCUAUCAUUUGGGAUCCUUAUGAUCAUCCAUCGGCUUAUUUUCGUCCUUCGCUAGAACACAUCACCAAUGGUUUUCAAGAUAAAGAAGAUGGCACAGAAGUGUGAAUAAAGGCUUACACAUCGUUUUCGUACCUUUGCUUGCAUCUCCUCUCUCUUGGGAGUAAACUUCAGUAUCAACGGAUAAAAUUGGUUCAAUACAUCAACGUGUUAAUGAAAGAGGUGAAUUAUGUCGUGUUACAAAACUAAAAUAGGAGAACAACUUUAAAUAUAGCUGAUAAAGUGGCUAACGAUAAUAAACACUUGUACUGUUGCUCAUUCAAACGGAUUUUUAGUCAAGUGAUAAUUUUUGUGUCAUCUGCAUGCUUACAAAAAUAUAAUUAUAUACGAACAGCAACAAUGCGUUUUCAUUUCAGAAAAACGCAAUUUAUAUUUGUAUGAAAAUUAUCUUCACAGUUUCAGUAAAUUAGUUUUGAAAACCUUUAAGACAGCCCAACGAUUCUAAGCAUGAACCAUUAGAGUUGUUGGUAAUAUAUAAAGCUGAUGAGUUACUUCCAAUUAGAUGUUGUUCCAAAUGUGCUAUAAACAUGCGAUAUAUAAAAUAUCUAUAUAUUUUGUUUCAACAUCAAUCAGCUAUUAACAAUUCACAUUUUAUAUCCACUGAUGUGUAAAAAAUUAGUGUCAGCGUUAUGACUCAUUUUUGUUGUUAGUUCCUAUUAGAUUACUUUACUCUUAAACUUUAACGUUCGUUAUUGCGAGUUUGGUUUUGACAAUUUUUCGAUACAUUUCCUUGUUAGGCUAUUGUUUAAUAAAUUGUGAAAUAUAUGUUGUAAUGUUUACGUUGAAGAUUAAAAAUGUUGAUAC